AAAAAAACCUAUGUCCAUCUCUUCCUCCUCCUCCCCCGCCGUCGCCGCACACGCUCUUCUCGUUUUCUCUUGUUCGUUCUGGUUCAGGCUCACCGGCCGAUUCGUCCAUGGCUGUUGAUCUCUCCCACCGGUAUAGCAAGCUCACCUUGCUCAGGCUCAGAUCUGAUUACUAGACGACCUAUGAAGCUGCUGAGUGCCUCGAUUUGCUCUGCUUAUAGUCACCUGGUGACCGGCCGGCCGUGUAUUGUUCUCAUCUCGCGGCCGGCCGGCCGGCAGAUGUUUCCUCCUGAUCUUCCGAUGGUGCACCGAGCCUCAGCUGGGCGGCGCCCUGAUCCAUCCAUGGAUAUAUGUCCGUCUUCUCCGGAUGGAUGGCGAUGCACGCGCUAGCCUUGCUGCCCAACAGCUGGUGCCGUGCCUUGCUUGUUGCCAUCUCGCGGCCGGCGGCGGCUGAUGUUUCCUUCUCAUCUCCGACGGUGCACAGAGCAUCCACAUGACAAGAAGGCACAUCCUUUGUCGAGAAGAGAAGAAGCAUGAAGUGGUGGGCUUUAAAGUGGAUGAUGGGCCGGUGGGCGAUAAAAAGAAUGAAUAGCUCGUCCGCUUCAGUGUGGUGAGCGUUGGUGGCGGCGGCGCAGGGAAAGGGAAAGGGAGCAAGGAAGAAGGGAAGGGCGACGAACCCUAGCUCUGGCAGGUGAAGCUGAUGGCUGCUGUGCUCCGAUCCGCGGCGAGGCGGUUGGCCGGCGAGCUGCCGGCGGCUGAGAUGGGGCUCCACCGCCUCCCUCUGCACUCCCAGUCCCAGGUCAAUGUUUGGAGCGCCUCAUCUGCUCCUGGCUCUGCCCCCUCUUCUCUGACCAAGACCAAGGCGGUGAUCAAGAGCACCCUUCUACCACAACUCAUCCCGCGCCGCACGAUGUCCUCCUCCUCCGGUCGCGCCGCCUCUCAACCAGCCGACAAGUUUUGGCUUGAGAUAGUGGGUCACAGGAUGAAAGGUCCGCAGAAUCCGUGCCCGAUGAUUUUCAGAAAGCGAAUCAGUGGUGUGGAUGCCGACAAGGCUGAAGCAGUCUUCCUCGACGUGAUGAUGAUGGCUAAAUAUGAUGGGAAUGUUCCACCAAAUAUGAUGAGUAGUCCCGUUCGAGCAUUGCUCCGGAAGGCGCUUAUCCGAUACAUGAAAAUUAAGUGGUUUAUUAAAGAAAUUGCUCUAUCUCUCAAGAUACGUGUCGUUUUUAAGCUGGGCAAGUUAAACUUUGUUGUCAUCUGCGUGUUGCUUUACGUGACAUACGGGAGGCCCCUAUCUCUGCUCCGGAGGUUCUGGAAGAUCCUAAAUUCUCAAGGAGGCGAUGACUCGGAGUAAUCAAGCAGAGAAUGCGACUAUUGCAACAAUGUAAUAGUGAUGUUGUGACUAAGACAAACAUGCUUUUUUUUGUUAUAUUUGCCAUUGUUGUGUAGUACAUGGUUAAACGACCCGUAAAUUUUCUGUUGGUGUUAUGUCUGUUGUGAUUAUGAUUUCUUGCAUGAUUGCUUCU